GAACUCUGUUGAGUGUGAAGACCUCUCUCUUCCCAGAAUCUCUCGCCGCUUCGGAAAUCAAGUCUUCAAAAUGAGGCUGUCAUUCUGGCUCCUUCUUCUGGUGUCUGUCAUGGGCGUGUGUUCCGCCGUGCCUUUGACAGGCAACGGGAGAGGGAAAGAAAUAAACGGCAGAAGCGGUUCAGUCGAAAGCUCCAGCACAGAAGAAGAAAAUUCACCUGAGAGCAGUGAAAGCCCGGAAUCCCCUGAGGAAAGUAGCAGCGACGAGACUUCCGAAGAAGAUGAAAGCCCGGAAUCACCUGAGGAAAGUGAAAGCCCGGAAUCACCUGAGGAAAGGAAGAAGGGCGGAAGUAACAGCGAGAGUGAAAGCCCGGAAUCACCUGAGGACAGUGAAAGCCCGGAAUCACCUGAGGACAGUGGCAGUGACAGCAGUCCUUCCAGUGAGAGCACUGGCGACAGCGCUGCUUCCACAAAGAAAAGGAUCGGCGCAGCACAUGAUCUCGAUCUCAACAAACUGAGGAGGCCUGUCCUCAAGAAAGCCUAAGAUGCCUCCUCUUCUGGCCGCGUGGCACCGACCCCGAUGCCAGAACACCGCCAGAGAGCCUCACACCCUUACGUACCCGAAGUUCUAAAUAGGAUUCAAUCCCGACAUCAUUUUGCAAAUCAGUGAAUGGUCUAAUGAAUAUGCAAAUAAACAAGUGGAAAUAAAUCAAGAAUAAAGAAAGGUAGCAUUUACGCAUCGGUGGAAGGUGCCCAAAUAUUGAGAAAUCUUGACAACGACCUUAAGAAUCUUUCAUUAUUUUCAACUGUUUUUUGGUUUAUCUUAUUGUGCACAAAAUCUAUUGUUGUUCAUUAAAUAAAUGAACUGGAUCCACUUUUCUGAAAAUAUGAAAUAAAUUGAUGAAUAGC